AUGGCUUACGGAGGAAGUUUCGAUCAAUCAAGCUCAGUGCUUACUCAAGGUGGAAUAGGUGGCGGUUAUGGUUCAAGUUGGGAUUCAUCAGCAUCAUAUGGAUCAGGUUACGGAGCAGGCUUUGGCGGUGCCUCGUCAUAUGAAAGUAGCUAUGGAGCAGGCCUUGGUGGUGCCUCAUAUGGAGGAGGCUAUGGAGCAGGUUUUGGCGGUGCCUCGUUAUAUGAAGGUGGCUAUGGAGCAGGCGCUGGUGGUGCCUCGUCAUAUGAAUCCUCCUCAUUUGAAUCAAGUAGUGGUUUAGGAGGUGGACUCGGUUAUGCCGCAGGAGGUGGACUCGGUUAUGCCGCAGGAGGAUAUGCAUCAGAUUAUGCAGGAAGUGCGGGAUAUGGUAUUGCAGAAGGAAGCAAUGCACAAUGGUCGCAAUAUGGUGCUAAUGUUACCGGUGCAGGUCUAUAUCAAGAUUCUAAUCCACAAAUAAUUAGAAGACCAGCUCCAGGUGGCGGUGUCACAUACAAGCAAAAUAUCUUAGUCAAAUUUUUACAACCACCACCGGUCCCGCCUCCAGGUCCACUCAUAAUCCGAGAGGUUAGACCACCACAACCGCCAGCUCCACCUCCACUUAGAAUUAGACAACAAGCUCCGAGCAGACCUCAACCACCACCACUUAUUCUUCGUGAAAGACCACCACAACCACCACAAUCAGUUGCUAGUCAAACAGUCAUUCGACGAUUAGCAGCUCUUCCAGUUCCACCACGAUCAGUCAUCAUUGAACGAUUACCGCCUCUUCCACCAAAACCACGUGAUAUUGUCAUUGAACGAUGGAUCCCAUACGGACCACAGGCGAAACGACGAACGAUUGUUCAACGUGCAGGAGCUGCUCAACAAUAUGCACGUCCACGAAAUACAAUUAUUCAAUAUGAGACACCACAAGUGCGUGUUGUUAAACAAUUUCAACGCCUAGGAGUUCAAUCAGAAAAUCCUGCAGCGUAUGUUUCUCGUUAUGGUGGUCAACUAGUUGAUGCCGUCACAUUAGUACAACAUGCACGUGCAGCUGGUGUAGUUGAAGAUAUUACUCCCCCUGGUGGAGCGGCAUUUGGCUACAGUGGUGCAGGUGGAUAUGCAUCUGGUGGAUAUGCUGGUGCGGGAGGAUUGGGAUAUGAAGCAAGUUCAAGCUCUUUCGAAUCAUCUGGAUUUGGUGGUGCUGGUGGGCUUGUUGGUGCUGGUGGGUUCGUUGGUGCUGGCGGAUUUGCUGCAGAUCAAAGCGCAUCAUCAUUUGAAUCUGUGGGAAGUGCGCAAUCCAUCACCUAUCCUGUAGGCGGUGAUGUUGCAUCUUCUGGAUUUUCUGGUAACGCGGCAGCUGCACAACAAUACGGUGGAGCAGCAGGCGCUCGCGAAAGCUUCAGUUAUCUUGUCGGUCCUGAUGUUGCAAUAGGCGCACCUGAGACCCACACAGGUAGAUACGAUGCAGCCGGAGCCAUGUUCAAAUUUGCAGAUUACAAUCACGAUGGUACAUUAGAUCAACAAGAAUUCAGUACAUUUAUGCACCAAUUAUAA